UCCAUUAGAGCAGACCGUGUGUGCUUCUCUUCCAAAGAUAAUCAGAGACUCGAUCAAGAGCUUGUCUUGAUUCUGCAAUGGGGGUGAAGAGCUGCCUGUUGCUCCUGGCUAUCCUCCUCCUGACGGGGAUUCAUGGUGGGGAGGCGCAGCCGCUUGUGCCAGGGGUCUUCACGUUCGGCGACUCGACGGUCGACAUAGGCAACAACGACUACCUCCACACCCUCAUCAAGGCGGACUUCCCUCCCUACGGCAGGGACUUCCCCAAUCGCGUGGCCACCGGGAGGUUUUGCAACGGCAAGCUGGCCACCGACAUCACUGCUGAUACACUUGGGUUCACAAGCUACCCGCCGGCAUAUCUCAGCCCGCAGGCUUCGGGGAAGAACCUUCUGAUCGGUGCCAACUUCGCGUCGGCUGGAUCCGGCUACUACGAUCACACGGCGCUUAUGUAUCAUGCCAUCCCUUUCUCCCAACAAUUGGAGUACUUCAGGGAGUACCAGUCCAAGCUGUCAGCGUUUGCCGGGAGCAGCCAGGCCAAGUCCAUCAUCAGCGGCUCGCUGUACAUCGUCAGCUUCGGUGCAAGUGAUUUCGUGCAGAACUACUACAUCAACCCCCUGCUCUUCAAGACCCAGACCGUCGACCAGUUCUCGGACCGCCUUGUCAGCAUCUUCGUCAACAGUGCAACACAACUCUACGGCAUGGGAGCGCGGCGCAUCGCGGUGACGACGCUGCCGCCCCUGGGCUGCCUACCCGCAGCGAUCACGCUGUUCGGGCACGGGAGCACCGGGUGCGUGUCGAGGCUCAACAGCGACUCCCAGAGGUUCAAUGGGAAGAUGAGCGCCGCCGUGAGCUCCCUAGCGAAGCGGUACCACGACCUCAAGAUCGCCGUCUUCGACAUCUACACGCCCCUCUACAGCCUCGUCACCUCCCCUGGAGAUCAAGGGUUCACGGAGGCGAAGCGGGGAUGCUGCGGGACGGGGAAGGUGGAGUUCACGGUGUUCCUCUGCAACCCCAAGUCGGUGGGGACGUGCUCGAACGCGACGACCUACGUGUUCUGGGACGCCGUCCACCCGUCGGAGGCGGCCAACCAAGUGAUCGCCGACGCCCUCCUCGUCACCGGCAUCGACCUCGUCACAUAAUAAACCAGGCACCGGUCGGCUAGCGUCGUCGGUCGGAGGAUGACGAUGGCGCACGCUUUUCAGGCGCCCUGAAGGGAAAAUAAUGUGUGCACUGCCCAGAGCUCCGGUGCCAAGCCUGUCCAUGUGGCGGGAGGGGUGGUUACUUUCUCAGGCUGUGUCACUCGCUAUAUCGCCAGCGUUGUAGCUAGGGAGUGGGACAUAUGGUUUAUACGUACGAAAAGCUCAAAGUCAUGGGUGCACGCUGCAAGGGCACUGGAUCUUUUCUUUUUUCUUUCAUGUACCGUGUUCUUUUAGCAAAUUAUUGCAUGGCUCCUUUUGAACAGAAACCAUGUUUCAAGUUUC